AUGCUGGACGGACGCCUGGCUGGCCUGGAGGCGGAGACUGCCCCCCUGAGCCGAUUAUGCGCUCCCCCGCUCGCGUCGGCACAGCGGCCUAAGGCCGCCGCUCCGACCGCGCUCCCCGUUGUGGGAGGCCGCGUUUCUUACGGCGGCGGCGGCGUCUGCCCCUACUCCAUUCGGCCUCCCCAAAAGCCGAGGAGGGGGGGCCAAGGCACCGGCCCAGGCGCCGGCCAAGGCACCGGCUAA